AUGGCCGGCUCGUCCAACGAGGUCUCGGCCUCCAUCGCGAACCGCGAGGAGCCAAUCCCCAUCAUCCGCCUACCCUCUCGCGAUGACGAUUUCACCACAUCCUCCGACACCGAACUCGAGCGCAGUAGGAAAGACAAGGUCAAGAGUCAAGCGAGGACAGCACAAGAUGCAUACGCCGGCUCGGCCAUGCGGCAGAGCAUCCAAGACCGCUUCUUCGAGAACCUCCUCGCCAAAGUCCUCCCUGCCGAAGAGGGCGGAGAGCAAGAUGGAGCCAACAAAAAGAAGGACAAGAAACCCUCUGCAGACAAACCACUCGUCGAGCGACCCAAUUUCAGCCUGGGCGUCAUGAACAACAACUUCCGCCGCUUCAACGCCCGCAUCGGUAUCGCCUUUGUCGUGCAAAACAAGAUGAUCCAGCUCUUUACCUGGCACGAUCCCAUAGCAACGCUCUCCUUCCUCGCCGUCUACACCAUCCUCUGUCUCGAGCCCUACCUCCUCCCAUUGGUCCCCCUCGUCGGCCUCCUCUUCGCCAUCAUGACCCCUUCCUUCCUCGCCCGCCACCCCAUCCCCAAAAACGACCCCCGCAUCGAACCCAGCUUCCGCGGCCCCGCCAGCGCCCCGGCCUCCCGCGUCAAACCCGCGCCAGAACUCAGCAAAGACUUUUUCCGCAACAUGCGCGACCUGCAGAACUGCAUGGAAGACUUCAGCCGCAUCCACGACGCCGCCAACGACUGGAUCACGCCCUACACCAACUUCAGCGACGAGAAGCUCAGCUCCGAACUCUACGCCUUCACCUUCGUCUUCACCUGCGCCGCCUUCCUCGGCAGCCAGCUCGUGCCCUGGCGCUUCGUCGCGCUCGCCGCGGGCUGGGCUGCUCUACUACUCUGCCACCCGAGCUCGCAAGCAGUCCUCCUCUCCUCCCGCACCCUAAGCCAACUCCUAGCCCAACUCGACGCCGCCCACGCCAAACUGACCGCCUGGACCGACUCGGACAUCAUCCUCGACGAGCCCCCAGAGCGCCGCGAAGUGGAAAUCUUCGAGCUCCAAAAGUACCACCUGCCCACCGACACAUGGGAAGCCUGGCUCUUCUCCCCAAACGCCUACGAUCCACUUUCCCCCCUGCGCAUAGCCGGCGCCCGCGCAAAAGGCACGCAAUUCUUCGAAGACGUGCAAGCGCCCGGGGGCUGGGUAUGGCGGGAUAAAAAGUGGACGCUGGACCUAGCGAGUCGCGAGUGGGUGGAGCAGCGCAUGAUUACGGGCGUGGAGAUUGAGACGGAGGGGGAGAGGUGGGUGUAUGAUUUGCCCGAGGUGGCGGUGAAUUCGCUGGGCGCUGCUGCUGCUGGUGCGACGCCGGCGAAGGCGGGGGCGAAGAAGAGUGCGCGGGUGGUGCCGCGGAGUGGGUGGGAGGAGAGCAAUGGGUUUGGGGAGCGGGGGGAGUGGAGGCGGAGACGCUGGUUUCGCGUGGUGGAGAGGAAGAGGGUGGGGAAGGCGGUUACCAUUAACAAGCCCGAAUGA